CCAAUUAACAAACAUAGAACGACUGUCAAGCCAUAGUGGCAAAGAGCAGAAAAAAUAAACUUUUUUUUUUUUGGCUGUUGUUUAGACAAAACUACCAACAGCGAGUGCCAGGGGUUGCAAAACUCCAUUAAAAUUUUUCAAAAAAAAAAAAAACUAUAACAAAAUUGUUAAGAAACUGAAAAAGUUAUAAUGGAAAGGAUUGCUCUUCAACCAUUUGGACCUCGCUAUGAACCCUUGAGCAAUGGAUCCGUAACGGAUAAGGUUUUACCCGAAAUGGCACAUUUGGUUGAUUCCUAUUGGAGUCAAUUCCCCGCCAUGGAUCCUAUGUGGAAUAAAAUUCUCGCAAUAUACCUUGUGGUCAUUGGUAUUCUGGCAUGGAUUGGAAAUGGUACAGUGCUCUAUAUCUUUGCUACAACCAAAUCACUGCGUACUCCAGCCAAUUUGCUGGUCAUCAAUUUAGCCUUAUCCGAUUUUGGCAUGAUGGUCCUCAAUACACCGAUAAUGGCCACAAAUUUAUAUUUUGAAACCUGGAUAUGGGGACCAUUCAUAUGUGAUGUCUAUGCUGGUUUGGGUUCGGCUUUCGGAUGCAGUUCCAUAUGGUCCAUGUGUAUGGUGGCAUUGGAUCGUUACAAUGUCAUUGUCAAGGGUAUGUCGGGUCAACCGAUGACCAUAAAAUUGGCCAUAUUUAAGAUCAUGUUUAUAUGGGGUAUGGGAAGCAUAUGGACUUUGGCGCCCUUGUUUGGUUGGAGUCGUUAUGUGCCUGAGGGCAAUUUGACCUCAUGUGGUAUUGAUUAUAUGAGUCACAACCCCAAUCCCAUGAGCUAUUUGAUAAUGUAUACCAUUUUUGUCUACAUAACACCGCUAUCUUUGAUCUGCUAUUCAUAUUGGUUCAUAAUUGCUGCUGUAUCAGCCCACGAGAGAGCCAUGCGAGAACAAGCCAAAAAAAUGAAUGUCAAAUCUUUGCGUUCCUCCGAUGAUGCUGAUAAAUCGGCAGAAGGCAAAUUGGCCAAGGUGGCUUUGGUAACCAUCUCCUUAUGGUUUAUGGCCUGGACCCCUUACACAGUCAUCAAUUGCAUUGGUCUCUUUGGUUAUGAGGGCUUAACUCCUUUGAAUACCGUAUGGGGAGCCUGUUUUGCCAAAUCGGCCACUGUCUACAAUCCCAUUGUGUAUGCCACCAGUCAUCCUAAAUAUCGCAUUGCUCUUAAGGAAAAAUGUCCUUGCUGUGUCUUUGGCAAUGUGGAUGAUGGCAAGUCGGGCUCUGCUGAAGGACAAUCACAGGCCAGUGAAACCGAGACUAAGGCCUAAAGAACCAAGUAACAUCCACCUAUAUGAA